AUGUCAACGUCAUUGAACAGUUUAGGAAGCAAUAGUGGGGGUUAUUUGGACCGCAAUCAGUUGUCGGUAUUCCGAACAGAGAUAUGCAAGGCAAAGGCAGCAACAUCGUUUUGCGUUCUGAAGGAGAAUUGUUGCGACAGUCACUGCUUGUCAUGGCAUAGACGAAAUCCCUUUUUGUACCCGUAUAGGCCGCUCUUAUGUCCCAACACGCGUUUCUGGACUGAGGCUAAGCGUAUGAAGGUGCGGACAUGGUGUAAGAGGGGCAGACUCUGUUUAUUCGCUCACACGAAAGAAGAACAGAUGUAUCAUCCACUGGUCUACAAGACACAAGUCUGCAGAGACUAUCCUCGAUGUGACAAGCCCUAUUGUCCAUUCGCUCACGGGUUGCAUGAACUUCGAGAUCCAGAACAAAUCGACAUCCCGCUACUGCAAGGGCCUGAAAUUGUGGAAGACCAUGUGGCUCAGAUCAUUGGCGAGGACAGAAUCCUCAAUGAGUUCCUCAAAGCUGCCAAGGACAGAGAACAGCUGCUGUCCGCCGCCAAAAACAUACCGGCGACCGCCCCCUCGACCGCAGAGAAUGCCGGGGUGGUCUUGUUGGACAAUGAUAAAAUCGCCGUCGGAGUUGGCGGCCAUUGUUUGUCGCCAUUUGGCAUACUUGCCAUCGAACUAGAAACUCUUUCCAUCAAUUAG